AUGGUUGAAUACGGUUGUAACGUUGCUAACAAGUUCGGCUUUAUGUCCGACGAUGAUGAGUUCGACGACCCCCAAGAGCUGAUCAGUCGUGUCACUCAAUUAGAAGCAGAAAAGGCAGCUGCUCAGAAGAAGGCUGACAAACUUGCUAAGCAAGCAGCUGUAGCUCCAAAGGAACCGUUGGAAAAGAAAACAGUAAGCCAGCCAGCGGCGAACGUGGCCGUGGUGGCAGAGGUCGUGGUCGUGGAGCUGGGGGACCCCGUCCUCCCCGCCCUGAAGGAGAGUUUUCUGAACGUUUCGGAGAAACGCGUGGAGGCCGAGGAGGUGGCCCACGCGGCGGAGGUCGUGGUCGCGGCGCUCCAUUCCGAGGACGUGGUGGAGGUGCCAACACUUUCACAGAUGCUCCAAAGGACUUCCAGAAUAAUGCGGAUGAAGUUCCCAGUGAAUUACCUCCUGCUGAGUUCCAAGGUGAGCGCCGAGGGCGAGGUGGACGAGGAGCUUUCAACGGAGAGCGAAGAGGACGCGGCGGUUUCCGUGGUGGACGUCAGUUCGAUCGUCAGAGUGGGUCAGACCGUACGGGUGUUCGUGGAGAAGGACAAGAAAGGUGGCUAUGGCCGUGGCAAUUGGGGAGAUGUCAAAGAUGAGCUUGCUGGAGAGACCGAGCCAAUUGCUCUACCGGAGGAACCUGAAGUUCCUCGAGAAAAAACCGCUGAAGAGCUCGCACAGGAAGCUCUUGAAGCCGAGUUCGCGAAGCAGAAGACUUUGAAAGAGUACAUUGAGGCUCAAAAGAAGGAGGCUCCCAAGUUCAACGUCCGCAAGGCUGGAGAAGGUGAAGAAGAGAACUUUGGCAAGCUGGUCAAACUACAAAAAGAAGUGGUUGUCGAUAAAGAGGAGGAAGAAGUGUCAAUAAUUCGCCGUGAACCCCGUGAAAAGGCUCUCCACAUUGACAUACAGUUUGCCGAGCCGAACCGUGGCUUCCGUGGUGAUCGUCCACCAAGAGGUCGUGGAGCACGCGGUGGUGGACGAGGUGCUCGAGGUGGAGGACCUCGCGCUCAGCCUCCUCCUCAGUUUGAUUCCUCGCUUGAUGCCUUUCCCGCACUUGGUUCCAAGUAA